AUAAAAUCACAAAUCCAUGUCCAUUUUCUUCUCCAAUCGGAUAAUGCCAAAAAUGUCUCCCCUCUAUAAAAACCACCGUCUGUAGCUUCAGAAAUCGCAAAUCCGCCACGCAACCACCUACUUUCUCUUCUACCUACCGCCCCCACCACCAAUAAUGAAGAUUAAUAUCCGAAACCUAAGAACGACGACGAUGAGAGAGGAGAGUUUGUUCUCUCCUCUCCCUUAAUCUCGCUUCGUUUUUGGUCUCUUCGGAUUUGCCUUUUCUUUCCUUUUCUGGGUCAUAAAUUAUCUAUAGAUGAAGUUCCUUUUGGAAUUGGCCUCGUGUUGUGGGGCCAAUGGCGGUGAAAGGUCCGAUAAGGAAGCUCGGGAACCGAACAGGAGGCGUUCGGAGGAGACUCGGGCGCUGAUGGUGCAUCAGACCCUGGAGACUCUUAAUACGAGAAGUAGGAGAAGAAAAAGGGGUAGAGCGGGUUUGGCAUAUCCGUGGUCCGCGGUUCCGAUGGCUGAGUGGAAGCCUACGCUUUGCUCGAUAGCUGAGGAUAACGUGGUGGUGGUGGUGGAGGAGAGACCGGAAAGAGUUGUAAAGAGGAAGGGCAGCGGAGGACGUCGUGGUGGUGGGUCCCGUGGCAUGGCUACUAUUCCCAACUACAGUGAAUAUUACAGGCGGAGUAAUCAGUUCGCGGUAAUCCCAACAUUUUCUGCGACACCGUUCAUGAUUUAGCAGCCAUGAUUUGUCAUUGAAUCAGAAUUCAGAAGCUCUCUGGUGUAAAUAUAUAAUUUUAGUCAAAUUAAUAAAAGCUCCAUUAUGAAAA